AUGUCCAACCAAGAAAUGCAACUAGUUGCCUUAAACCACGGCCACACGAGCGGGUUCGUCUUCCCCGCACCGGCAGGCUUCGAGUUCUGUCACUAUGAGAUGCGCUUCUGGACCCCACGCUAUGAGCUAGAGAGGUGCAGCCAUGCCAUGAUCGGAACUGUGUGGCUACUGUCGAAGCUUGGGAUGACACCACAGGACGACCUCCGCAUCGUGACCAAGAGCGGUCUUAUGGAAGCAAGGGUCACGAAGGCUGCAGAGAAUACAGACAGCACAAAAAAUGUUAUCUGGGACAUCUGGGUAGAAAUCUCCCACCCGAAAGUUACAUUCAUGGAUGAUGUGAGUAAGGGACACGCUGACGCCAUGUUGUCCGAUCUGGAUAUUUCGAGAGAUGAACUGGCACCUGGAUUAAGAAUCCAGAAUGCUGGCAUGAGCAAGGUGAAGACGAUGAUUCCGCUCGAAUCGAUUGAGAAAUUGAAUGAUAUGAACCUGGAUUAUCGUCGCGCCAAGAAGGUGUGUGACAAGGUUAAGAGCACUGGUUUGUACGCCUAUGUCGUCACCAAUCGCGAAUUGCAGAUGUACGAAGCAAGGGAGUUUCCUAAAGAUUAUGGUCAUUGGGAGGAUACUGCGACUGCUUUGGCUUUUGUGCUGCUGCUGAACAACUUCCUCCCCAACCCUCAUCGGACAAUUAGGAUUAGGCAGGGUUGGACCAGGGACCGUCGUGGUGAGAUUAAUUUGAGGUUUUGGAAAUGGGGGAGUGAGGUCGUUGGCUGUUGGAUUGGAGGCACUGCCAAGUUUGAGACCGAGGAGAGAGAGGCUGGAAAGGCAAAGACCUAG